CCUACGGGUUCCUUUACCAAUUUCUGAUACCUAAUUUCACAUGGUAUCAGAGCAUGAUUACUUUUUCUAGGGGUUUCAUUCCCACCAGUCCUGCAUUCUUCUUCUUCCACCUUCUUCCGCACUAGAUCUUCAUUUCUACAACAAUGGCAGCGGAAGCAGCUACUACUAUAUCGUUGAGUUCUACUGUAGCCACGAAUACCACCACCACUGUCACAAAUCCCUUAUACAUUAACCUUAAUGAAUCUCUGAACUUUCCAAUCAAGCUUACCGACACCGCCAACUACAACAUGUGGAGCAUAACAGUUCGUGUUGCACUCAAGAGCAAGAACAAGCUUGGUUUCAUUACUAGAGCGAUUCCUGUUCCAGGUCUGGGGCAUGUGAGCUAUCAAACAUGGGAGCAGAGCAAUACGACUGUCUAUUUCAUGAUUCUCGGGUCACUAGAUCCCAAAUUGGUGAACAGUGUGUCCUCCAAGGACAAUGCCAACUUCUCUGGGAUGAUUUGAGGCAGAGGUAUGGGCAAGCAGACAACAUCCAUAUGAGCGAUCUACAGACAACUGUUUACACUUUGAAACAAGGUAACAAGUCAGUAAACCAAUUCUAUUAUGAGUUGAAAGGGCAUUAGGAAGAACUAGCUCAAUUUCUGUCUAUCCCUAAUUGUGUGUGUGUGGGAGAUCAGGGGAAUAGAGCUGCUAAUUGUAUUACUGAGACCACUGUUAGGAAGUACCGUGAAAAUAAAUGCGUGACUAGGUU